UUUCCUUUGGGGUUUAAGAGGCCAUUUCAAGUCUCUGCGGCUUUCUGGAUGACACCUCGAUUCCUUGACCAGAAGUGCUGUCUUUCCAGCUGUCUUCUCGAACUGAUCCUCGAAAGUAUGCCGUGCUCGGGUCACAAGCACAAUUGCUACAAGGAAGGAUUGGUCUCUGAAAAGCUCGACAUCCUCAGGAUUUGUGGCACGCUCAUUUCGACAUUCAAGAACUCAUCCGGGACGGUACCAUGGGUAAGAUCAGAACAAGUGGGGUGAACUCCAUCAAAGCGGGGUAAGCUUCGUCCUUUAAUCAACACUUGGAUCCCAAGGUCCCUUUUACAAACUGGUUAACUAUCCUCUAUUCAUGCUGGUGUAACCUAGCUUCCAUCGACUCUGGCGCAAUUGCAUCGAACAACAUAUCAACGCCUCCCCACCAUGGUGACAGAGACAAGCACAACAACGACUACGGACCCAUCACCGCCAUCAUCAAAUAUCACAACGUCAUCAUCUGACCCCUACACAGCGGCCCGUGAAGCUCUUGAAAAAGAUGGCUUCGUGAUUCUCUCGGCGUUGCUCUUCCCAUCCUUUGAUCUCGACGCACUUCGUUCGGCAGCGAUCCGUCUGACCACUGCUGCCCGCUCAGGAUCCUGGCCCUACAUCCGCACACUCCCCAAGCAGUUCCCGCCCUGGCCUCAGGACCCGUCGAGUGGAAUAUGGGGCGUCCAGCACCUUCUGCACCCUUGCAACGCCGACCACGUGUUGUUCGCAGAAAGUUAUUUCGACAGCGAGUUGUUGAAGUACGUCGCGAGUCUGAUCGAGUGUGGCGAGGAGCAUCUCACAAUGGAGUUGUACAACAUGCUGGUUCGCCCUGAUGAGGAUUUUGCAUUGAGAUGGCACAGAGAUGAUAUUCCUGCGACCGCCACGGCAGACGAGGAGCUGCAGCGCUUGAAGAAGCCGGGAUACCACGCGCAGUGGAACCUUGCGCUCUAUGACGACAGUUCUCUCGUUCUCGUGCCGGGCAGCCAUAAGCGUGCGAGAACUGAGGCGGAAAGGAAUGCGGAUCUAUUUGAGCCUGAUAUGCCGGGCCAGAUCACGGUGCACUUGAAAGCGGGACAGGUGGCGUUCUACAAUAACAAUAUUCUGCAUCGGGGCGUGUAUGAUUGUACGAAGGAAAGAAUGACGCUGCAUGGAAGUAUUGGCACGGUUAGGGCGGGGAGUGAGCGGGCGAGGAAUGUGUUGCAGCAUGGUGUCGGAGAGUGGGCGAAAGAGGAUGAUUUUGGGGGGUUGGAGCCAGCGAUGAGAGCGCGGGCAUUGAGAAUGAGGGAGAGAUUGGUCGACCUGGGGAGGAAGAGUGGGGACGUUGGGUUCUUUUCGAAGGACGAGUGAUGAUUGAAUGGUCGGUUAUCUGUACAUGGUAUGGCAGACCUACGUGUCCGCCGUUGACAGCUUCCGGUCUGACUACGUGGGCACCAAUUUCACCUUCAUACCCUUCGAGAUCUUUGGCAGUUCUUUCUGCUGGUUCGUACUCCCCGCACCCGCCAACUUCCUCCUCGAACUAUCGUCCAAGCCAUGAAACAGCAUCGUCAGCGCACCAGACUUGCAAUUGUGAUACUUGUUCCUGAUACCCUCAUCAUCCCAACUCUUAUGCAAAAGCUUCUGAUCGUGCCGG